GCUGGAGCGCCGGAGGAAGAGCAGAAUCAGCUGAACAAAAGAAGGUACGAGAAUCUCUCUCACUCUCUCUCUAUCUCUCUUUUAAAGAAAUAAAAAUAUUCCUGGUUUUCUCCAGAAAUUCAUCACUACCAACAACCAGGAUAAUUAACAAAAAGCAAUGUUAAACUGCUGAAAGAGGUGAAGCACAAGCUGUCCUGAAGAAUCUCCAGAACACGCAGAAAUCGUUUGACACAUUAAACAGACAAAUGAAGCCAAGUCCCGACAUGGAGAAACAUCAGCACUCUGUCAAGAGUUUUACUAAACAGAGUAAUCUCAAAAAACAACAGCGCAUUCACACAGGAGAGAAACCGUAUUACUGCUCAGACUGUGGCAAGAGUUUUACUACACAGAGUAAUCUCAAAAAACACCAGCGCAUUCACACAGGAGAGAAACCGUAUUACUGCUUAGACUGUGGAAAGAGUUUUACUCAACCGAGUACUCUCAAAAUUCACCAGCGCAUUCACACAGGAGAGAAACCGUAUUACUGCUCAGACUGUGGAAAGAGUUUUACUGAACAGAGUCAUCUCAAAAUUCACCAGCGCAUUCACACAGGAGAGAAACCGUAUCACUGCUCAGACUGUGGAAAGAGUUUUACUGAACAGAGUACUCUCAAAAUUCACCAGCGCAUUCACACAGGAGAGAAACCGUAUUACUGCUCAGACUGUGGGAAGAGUUUUAAUCAACAGAGUAAUCUCAAACUGCAUCAGCGCAUUCACACAGGAGAGAAACCGUAUUACUGCUCAGACUGUGGGAAGAGUUUUACUAAACAGAGUACUCUCAAUAAUCACCAGCGCAUUCACACAGGAGAGAAACCGUAUCACUGCUCAGACUGUGGGAAGAGUUUUACUCAGCAGAGUACUCUCAAAAAACACCAGCGCAUUCACACAGGAGAGAAACCGUAUCACUGCUCAGACUGUGGGAAGAGUUUUACUGAGCAGAGUAAUCUCAAAAACCACCAGCGCAUUCACACAGGAGAGAAACCGUAUUACUGCUCAGACUGUGGGAGGAGUUUUACUCAACAGAGUAAACUCAAAAAACACCAGCGCAUUCACACAGGAGAGAAAACUAUCCCAAAUUUGUUCCACUGCAAUAAAAAGUGCUAAUCGUAAAUCUUUCGGACAGAACACCUUAUCCUACACAAAUGUUUCACUUUGUCACUUGGGACACGUUCCACCAGAAACAAACAUGAACUGAAUUUAACAAUGGAUUUUACAGUUUCAGCAAAAUGAAUCUUAUCCAGCGAUGAUGUUUAUUGAAUUCCAUGUUGUGUUUUCUUGUAUGUUUGAUAUUGCAGGACAUUCUUCGUGAGACAGAGCUCAGUUUUUAGGGUAGUUACGGUAGGAGUUCAGUUCUGAAGAAGGGAAGGUUUUUGAGUUUGAGCAAGGGCACUGCCAGUGCUUGCACCAGAUGGUAGAUUAGCAUAACUUAGUCUUUAAAAUUUAGAUGCCAUAGUUGUUAGGAGUAGAUUAGGAUUUUGGAUAAAACCUUCAGUGCUUAUGCUUAGAAGGUUUUGAAAGAAUUUAAUCACUUUUCUAGCUUAUGCAUAUUUUAUUAUUUCCAUUAAUUUCUAGUAUCUGUUUUUAGUCUGUGGAAGCCAUCCUCAGUUCCCCAAGCUUAGCAUAGCUUAGCUUAAUGCAAUUAACUGCCAUAUGAAAGGAUAAGGGUAUAACACCCCCUGAGCCACUCCAGAGAGAGUGUGCUCCCAAAAGUGUGACCCAGAGCCACAGAGAGACGACACUGUGCCGGGUACUGCCGUGUGGAGCAUCCAGACCCCGCAGAGAGCCCAACAAAAUAUUUUCCAGAGGUUAAAUAAAACGCCCCAGACGUAGUUCCCAUACUGAAAUCAACCCCCUCCAGGCCUGUGUAGCACAGUAAGGUAACUAGCUUAUUUAUUCCCCCUGCUGUUGUUCUUGUUUGUCUAUGGUUCAGUCUGAUUAAAAAUAUGUUAGCAUAGAGGGAUAUAGAUGGAUAUUUGGUUGUUGUAUUACUCAAGUUUUAUACUCUUUUUUUUUUUUUUUUUUUUUUUUUUUUUUUUUCUUAUUAGAUAUAUCUUGCUUAAGAUUUUUUAAUCUCCAAAGUUACUAAGAAUAUCCAGUUAAUUUAGUUAAUUGAUUGUUUUUAUCCAGUACCAACUAUUAUCUUUGUAUUGCUUCACCUCUAUAUGUACUCAUCUGUGUUUCAUAAAAAAUGCUUUUAGAUUGCAAGAUCUGCAAUCUCAGUGUGUUUUUUCACGAUAUGGUUGAUAACCUUUCUGUGACCUGGAACCUAUCCAUUCUGAGACUGACUUAUGUUAUUAUUUGGUAAAUACUAACUGCCACCCAAAGGAGAAAUCCGGUGUGAAAUGGACGUUUUUCCACCUCCAUUCACCCCCAGGAGUUGUAGUUGUCUGUAAAAGUUUUGUGAGAGCUUUGAAAAUGCCCAAACAAAUUGGUAGGUUAGGGUUCAGAUUGCAAAACGAACUAACGAAACGAAAAUUCCAGAUGUUGUUGGAAACAUCUCUAAUAUUCUUGCAUUUUUAGUGACAAUUUUGAAAUCUGUCCCCCUAACUUAAGUGUAAUGUGUCCUUUUUAAUAAACUAUCUGUGCAUUUUCAUAGCUCUCAGUGCCUCAGUUAAAAUUUUAGGGCUCUCAGAAUUCUACUAAUGAAGUGUGGCGCUACUCUGAGCUUGUUAAAGGUUUAAAAAUAGCCAUUUCUUUGCAUGAGUAAUGCUAUGGUCCAUAUCAUAUUGCUAGUUUUGUAAGUCUGCUGGGAACAUUGGAUAAAAGCACUGUAUUUGGAAAUA